UUUUAUCUUUUAGUUCCCCAAAGGUAUCGAUUCUAUAUCCUAAGAAAAAAUCAUACCCAUCUUCUUAUAGUCAUUCCUGUUUUUUUUUCUUUUCUAUUUUAUGUCUGUUCAUUUGUUUAUGUUCCAUAUAUACAUACAUAUAAGUUCUAUAUAUGAUCUCGAACGUAUAUAUUGGUUAUAAAUUUUGGCUAAAGAUUAUGAUUUUUGGUCGACAGUUUUUGAAAAGGUCAAAAUGUCAAUGGAGAAGCCACCUUUGGCCUCCGGUUUAGCUCGAACACGAUCGGAGCAGCUAUAUGAGACGGUUGCAGCAGACAUAAGGUCACCUCACGGCUCCAUGGACGCUAAUGGUGUGCCUGCGACGGCUCCAGCAGCCGUUGGAGGAGGAGGAACGUUGUCGAGGAAAUCAAGCCGGAGGUUGAUGGGGAUGUCUCCGGGGAGGAGUAGCGGCGCCGGAACACACAUAAGGAAGUCUAGGAGCGCUCAGCUUAAGCUCGAGCUAGAGGAAGUGAGUAGCGGCGCAGCUUUGAGCCGUGCGUCUAGCGCAUCGCUCGGUCUUUCAUUUUCCUUCACCGGGUUUGCUAUGCCGCCGGAGGAAAUCUCCGACUCUAAACCGUUCAGCGACGACGAGAUGAUACCCGAAGAUAUUGAAGCGGGAAAGAAGAAGCCUAAGUUUCAAGCAGAACCAACAUUGCCCAUCUUUCUCAAGGUAAAUAAUUAUAUCAAACCAAAACAAUAAAAGAGCAAAAGAAAUGUUAGAAAUUGGACUGAAGUAUAGUAAGUAGCUAGUGGUUUUCGUGUAUGGGAAUGAUCUCUUUGGUACUGAUCUUCUCUGUUUGCACAGGCACUGAGAGGAGAUCAAAAGAAUAUCACACAUUUGUCUCUAUCUCUGUGUAUCUACUUUUCAUCAGCUUCAGUUCAGGGAUGUUACAUACAAAGUGGUGAUCAAGAAAUUGACUUCAUCUGUGGAGAAAGAGAUAUUAACUGGGAUAAGUGGGAGUGUGAAUCCUGGUGAAGUUCUUGCUCUCAUGGGACCCUCAGGGAGUGGCAAAACAACUCUUCUUAGCUUACUUGCUGGUCGAAUCUCUCAAUCCUCUACUGGAGGCUCUGUUACUUACAACGACAAGCCUUACUCUAAAUACUUGAAAAGCAAGAUUGGGUUUGUGACUCAAGAUGAUGUUCUGUUUCCUCAUCUUACCGUGAAAGAAACGCUAACCUAUGCUGCUCGUCUGCGCUUACCCAAGACUCUUACGAGAGAGCAGAAGAAGCAACGAGCUUUAGACGUUAUCCAAGAGUUGGGUUUAGAGAGAUGCCAAGACACUAUGAUUGGUGGAGCAUUCGUGCGUGGUGUAUCAGGUGGAGAGAGGAAAAGAGUUUCUAUUGGAAACGAGAUCAUCAUUAAUCCUUCUCUAUUACUUCUUGAUGAACCAACCUCUGGUUUAGAUUCCACCACUGCUCUUAGAACCAUUCUGAUGCUCCAUGACAUCGCCGAGGCGGGGAAAACCGUGAUCACAACGAUACAUCAGCCCUCGAGUAGGCUCUUCCAUAGGUUUGACAAGCUGAUUCUACUAGGAAGAGGAAGUCUUCUCUACUUUGGAAAAUCAUCAGAAGCUUUAGAUUACUUCUCUUCCAUUGGAUGCUCUCCUCUUAUCGCCAUGAAUCCUGCAGAGUUCUUGCUCGAUCUUGCCAACGGUAACAUCAACGAUAUCUCUGUACCUUCUGAGUUAGAUGAUAGAGUUCAAGUUGGCAAUUCAGGUAGAGAAACUCAAACUGGCAAGCCAUCUCCUGCUGCUGUUCAUGAGUAUCUAGUGGAGGCCUACGAGACUAGGGUUGCAGAACAGGAGAAGAAGAAACUAUUGGAUCCUGUGCCACUCGAUGAAGAAGCUAAGGCCAAAAGUACGCGUCUAAAGCGCCAAUGGGGAACGUGCUGGUGGGAGCAAUAUUGCAUACUAUUCUGCAGAGGACUCAAAGAACGGCGACACGAAUACUUCAGUUGGUUGCGUGUUACGCAAGUUCUUUCCACAGCUGUCAUUUUAGGUCUUCUCUGGUGGCAGUCGGACAUUAGGACUCCAAUGGGACUACAAGAUCAGGCUGGUUUGCUCUUCUUCAUAGCAGUUUUUUGGGGAUUCUUCCCUGUUUUCACAGCGAUCUUUGCGUUUCCGCAAGAGCGAGCGAUGUUAAAUAAGGAGAGAGCAGCGGAUAUGUACAGAUUAAGCGCAUAUUUCCUAGCUCGAACCACGAGUGAUCUCCCUCUCGACUUUAUUCUACCUUCUCUCUUCCUUCUUGUCGUCUAUUUCAUGACAGGUCUUCGGAUCAGCCCAUAUCCCUUCUUCUUGAGCAUGCUCACAGUUUUCCUUUGCAUCAUCGCAGCUCAGGGACUCGGACUUGCAAUUGGUGCCAUUUUAAUGGAUUUAAAGAAGGCUACGACUUUGGCUUCAGUAACUGUCAUGACAUUCAUGCUCGCCGGAGGAUUCUUCGUCAAGGCAAGUCCUCUGUUUCUUGAUUUCCUCUGUUUUUAACUUCCCCUGUUUCUUGAUUUCCCCUGUUUUACUGAUUUCCUUUUCUGUGUCUACACAGAAAGUGCCGGUUUUCAUAUCGUGGAUACGUUAUCUAUCUUUCAAUUACCACACCUACAAGCUUCUUCUUAAAGUACAAUAUCAGGACUUCGCUGUGUCCAUCAACGGGAUGAGAAUAGACAACGGACUAACUGAAGUAGCCGCACUCGUUGUCAUGAUAUUCGGUUAUCGCCUCCUCGCGUAUCUGUCUCUAAGGCAAAUGAAGAUCGUAACAUAACCCAUUUUCCACACGAAGAAAUCAAAUAACAUAGAAGAAGCAUAAAAAGAGUGCAUCAGAUCUUGAUGAUCUUGACACGACCAAUCCUUGACAAUGAUUAAGAGAUUGGUCCUAAGAUUAUUCUUGCUUAAUUACAAAGGUGUUGUGAGUUUGAUAAUGAUUGGAUGGUGAUAGAUGUCUUGAUUGGAGAUAAAUAUAUAUGUUCAAGUUUGUAAUUGUAGUUCGAAUCUAAAAUUGGUUAAAGUUUAUUAACAAGAAGAACCUUGUGGCUGGAUCUGAUCUUCUUAAAUUCCAAUCCAAUUAUUCUUAGUAU